AUGGAGGUUGAAGCCAAGCUGACCGCACUGCCUUAUGUGUCGGAGGGAUAUAUCUUGCCAGUCCAAGAUCCACAGUGCGAUACCCGGACCGCUGCACUGGUACGAUUCCAUGAUAGCUACGAUAAGAUCGACUUGGGGUCUCUGCGGAGAGAUCUGGCCCACGACCUACCAGCUUACCAAUUGCCUACCGUGCUGAGAAGUUUGAGGGAGGGUGAAACUGUGCCACGAACAUGGUCUGAUAAGACGGCCAUGAUGAAGGUUAUCCAGAUGUUCUUCCCACAAGACACCGAGGACAAGAUUUGCGGAGAUGCGACAGAAGUGAUGGAUGUUAGCGGUUUCAUGAAAAUGAAAACCACAAAGCUAUGGGAAUUCUUCAAUGUUACACUGGAAAUCUUGGUCACCAUUGUUCAUGCUUGUGAGCUCAGACAUCACUAA